AUGCGGAGUGACGUCUUUAUAAUUGGAGCUGCUGUCAAGGAGAAAAGAAGGGAAGGUGCCGAUGAGGGAGACCGAAAUGGCGAUCCCAAUGAGAUUGGGAAGGAGACAACGAGGACGGCAAUUCCUACAGAGGCAAGUCGGGCUCGGUGGUCGAUUCCUUCAUCGCUUCAGAUUAAGAUUUUCUUCGCAAAGGUUGUUCCGUGCUAUUAUCAUAUGCCUGGCCCUCGUCGCUCUGUUGCCUCCCUUAUUCUUCCACUUCCGGCUCAAGCGCUUCCAUCAGGUACGAGAAAGAAAUUGCGGUUGGCUGAAUGAUCCUCCUCUUGUAUGUGCUCACGGGGGUGACUCAACUAAGGCCUUCCCCAACACGAUGGCUGCGUAUCAUAUGGCACUUCGUUCUCAAGCAAACUGCAUUGAGAUCGAUGUUUCUCGUUCUUCUGAUGGGGUUUUGUUCGCUCUGCAUGAUAGGCAGGGAUUUGCAGCGGAUGUCUGGAAACAGUACUACUAAAGUAGGGCACUUGAGCACAAAAGAGAUACGAGAACUUGGCAGUGCUCAUCAAUCUGUGCAGAAGUUUCAUGAUGAAAGCAUUCCUACUCUUGAAGAUGCUUUGACGUUGAUAUCAAGUUCUGUUCGGCAAGUGAUUCUAGAUGUUAAGGUUGGGCCUCCAUCUUAUGAAAGAGGGCUUGCAAAGGAUAUUCUUUCUGUUGUUGAGAGGACGCAGUGUAAGAAUUGCCUUGUAUGGGCUAAAAGUGACAAUUUAGUAAGUGACGUAAUUAAACUAUCGCCGGAUAUUGUGGUGGGCUACAUUGUGAUGAAGGAUCCUUCUACUGGGGCUCGAACAAACUUGUUGAGGAUGAGAGGUGCUGGGGUGGUUGGUGUUUAUCACCCUCUGGUUGAUGAAAAGCUUGUGAAAAUUCUUCAUGGGAUGAAUAAAAAGGUCUACGCCUGGACUGUUGAUGAUGUAGAUUCGAUGCAAAAGAUGUUGUUUGAGCGUGUGGAUGCUGUUGUUACGAGUAAUCCUACUCUACUUCAACAUCUAAUCCAAGAUAUCAGAACCCAAUGUCUUGAGGAAGGCUUUUUUUGGUCACGAUGACAUUCAUUCGUUUCAAGGACAGAACUUAGGGCCUGAUUGUAUUGAGAAAUCAUUUUAUCUUGUAUUAUUUCAUCUUUACAUUUUUUUUAAAUUCUCACACAAAAUAUAAUAAAAAAUUCAAUUUUUUUUUUCAAA